AUGGGAAGCCGCGGGUCUGGCGUGCCGGGGCCCACGCUCUUCCUGCUGCUGGUGCUGCCGCCGCCGCUGCUGAGCGCGGAGAGCUUCCAGCACGACGGUCCAGGCUGGAAGGACCUCCACCACCUCAGUCUGGACUGGGGGAACCUCUACCGCCACCUCAGCCAGGACGCGGGAAACUUCCACCACCUCCGCGGCCCCAGCACCUGGACCCGGAAGAGCCGGGCAGAAGACAAGAAUUCCUGCCAGAGCUCUUUUGAUCUCUACUUCAUCUUGGAUAUGUCAGGCAGUGUGAACAACAACUGGAUGGACAUUUACACCUUUGUGGAGGAUUUGGUCAAGAAGUUUGACAACCCUAACCUGCGGAUGUCCUUCAUCACUUACUCCACACUGGGUCACACCCUCAUGAAGCUCACCUCAGACAGAAAUGAAAUUCGUGAUGGUCUUAGCAGACUUCAGAAUAUAGUACCUAGUGGAGCCACACACAUGCAGGAAGGAUUUAAAAAGGCUGACAAGGCUCGGAAAAUGGGAGCAACAGUAUACUGUGUGGGUGUAAAAGACUUUGAGGAAGACCAGUUAUUGGAAAUUGCAGACAGCCCCCGUCACGUCUUUGGAGUGGACCAAGGAUUCAAGGCUCUUAAAUACAUCGUUGAGCCACUCGGAACUAAGUCCUGUAUUGAAAUUACAGCUGUGGAGCCUUCCAGUGUCUGUACAGGAGAUGAAAAUGAAUUGAUGAUUUCUGGAAAAGGAUUUAAUAAUGCAAAGAAGAAGGAUGAAGUUAUUUGUAGAUUUAAGUUCAGCGACAAGCAGUUCUUUGAGAUAAAAGCCAAGUCUGUGAAAGAUACCAGUAUAACAUGCCCAGGAGUAAAGAUAGAGAAGCCAGAUCAGGAGGUCUUUGUUGAAGUUAGCCUGAACAAUGGUGUCAGCGUCAUCAACAACAAUGUUAGCAUCACCAGCAAGAACUGUGCGAGUACCAGGGAAGGGGGACCAGAUGACAAGAGUGCCCCACCAGCUGCCCCACCAGCUGCCCCACCAACUGCCCAGCAGACUCCCGAGGAGCCUCCCUCAUCACCACCCCCACAGUUCAUCCCCUAUGUCAACCCUCUCUACUUCUCUGCCCUCAUCCCAGCCCUGCUCCUGUUCCUCCUGGUGCUCUGGUGCAUCUGGUGGCUGUGCCGCAGGAAGACUACCAAGGAGCCGCCACCAGUGCAGAAACCAGAAAGGGAGCCAGAGGAGACAUGUCAAAUGUCAUGCCCCACAGUGAUUGUCCCUUGUGGGUGCCAAGGAGUCAGGAUGAAACGAAUGGAGGGGAAGUGCCUCAACUUCGCCCUAAUGAAGCCCCACUGUGGGCAAUUGCACUGCAGCCCUAAGGUCUGCCUUCAACCCAGCCGGGAGUGCUUCUCCGUCAACAGCUGCUGCUCACGGUGCCAAUGCCCCCCGCCCGUGUGCUCCAGGCUUCCCUCCAGGAUGCAGCCGCUCGUCUCUCCCCCUGCCCGGCCACGCUGCGGAGCCACUUUGUCACUCCAGCCCCCGUAG